ACCUCAGUUGCGGCUCGAGCGUCGUCAGAAACUCGAGCUUUUACCGCAAGCUCGUAAAGCAAUUUUGUCGACUCGGUACCGAUAAGAAUCCCCGAGUAUGUUCUCGGGGUGAAUGGAAAAAACAAAAAAAUAGAUCGCUCACAAAAGUUACCUCGAGUCUGCGGUUGCGGUAUAAUAAAGCUGCGUUAAUUCACGAAGAACCAUCAUUUCCUUGUUUAUCGAUCAAGUUUAUUUAUCAUUUUCGUUUUCUAUGUGAACAAAGUAUCUUGAACGAGGAUUACACUUAUUCAGUUGGGAGCAAAGUUACGUCCGUGAUAUAAAAAAUUAUAGAAACUAAAUUGUUGGAUAAAAGUAACUUUUUAUCGAAAAAAAUAAACGAAAACGAGCUUGAGAAAAUAUUAAUUUUCCUUCUCUAACUUACGGUACUCUGUGUGGUUACAGUGUGAAAAAUUACAUGUUUCGACGUUUCAUGGGAUUUGCCGAGUUAUAAUCGUUCCGAUAUUAAGGAUUUUCCGAACGAAUAAGCUAAUACAAAAGGAUUUACUGCUACCGUGAUUCGAGUGUGUGCAGCAUCGAUGAAACAAGCUUAACUCCCGAGUUACGUGUGUGCCAAGUGUGUUUACAUUUUAUUUUCAUCAUGAUCCUGCUUGUGUGAUUCGAAACUCCCGCGCUCGAAAACGACGCGUGAGAUUUGUAAGGUCGAACGGAGACGGUCGUGAAAUAACGAAAUCAUGAAAAGUACGGCGCGCCGUCGAAACGGCUAUCGGAAUUCCCACGCCUACCGGCUUUUUCUCCCUCUUUUUCUCGCAGCAAUUGCUGGAAUUCAUGGACUGGAGAAUGUUUCGAUAGAUAUUCCGGAAGCAGUUGCCGUUGGAACGACGGUAACAUUAACUUGCAAAUACAAUUUGGGGAAAGACCCUCUUUACACUGUCAAAUGGUACAAGGGGCAAAAGGAGUUUUAUAGAUAUUUACCCAAAGAGGACCCAGCCAAGUCGACGUUCGGAGACUUCGGCUCGAAAAUCGAUAAAGCUCGAAGCGACGAACAUCGAGUCGUUCUGACUAACGUUACUCCGGAUUUCGAUGGGAAAUAUCGCUGCGAGGUAUCCAAGGAAACAGAUUUUUCGACGAUGGUAGUUUCCGGCUACAUGCACGUUGCCAGUCUAUCCAAGGGUGGACCGGUCUUGCGGGUUGAAAAACCGAGGUACGAGGUUGGCGAUGUAAUAAGGGGCAACUGCACGACACCACCGAGCAAUCCACCUGCCAAUGUCACCUGGAUCAUCAACGGGAAUCCGAUAAACGCGAGUUCUAUCAAACGAACUAAUCCGAAGGGCGACAACCGCACGGUGACUUUUGUCACUUUGGACUUCGAGAUAAUACCGGACAGCUUUAAGAAUGGCAGACUCCAGAUCGUUUGUCACGCAAAUGUCUUCCAACUGUACAACGAACGAGCCGACGUCGUGCUCGACGAAGAACGUCCAAAACUCGCAUCGGUGCUUGGUACUCGUGACUCACCUCACACUGGUGCAGCAUCGAGAGCAGUAGCUCAAUGGAUUUACGUCGGGGCAGCAGCUAAUUGGUUGUUAUCCGGUCUGAGAUAACAGGCGAGUGUCAGCCAAAUUUGUGCGUAGAAUUGUACCCCCGAAAGCCGAAGCAAAUGAGUAAUCGAUCAACGAUGAGAAUCGAAGUACACGCUUGACGGUUGUUUGGAACAGCUGGAAAGAAGAGGAUUGUCCGGGAUUAAACUGAGAGGUGAAAACUCUGACGACUGAUAAUUAGGAGAAGGAAGAGAGGAGUAUAAUAAAAAAAGAAAAAUAAAAAAAAAUAAAAAAAAGCGAAAGAAGGAGAGCAAGAGAGCGAAGGCUUUAAACGAGCGUAUGUUAUUCAUGUAAAUAGGAUAAUGAUUUAACGAAUUACGUGCAUAUGUAUAAUAUAAGGCAAAUGUAAUCGCUCGGAAGAGCGAGCCUCGCGACGAGAAUUGUAAUCUAUAAGAUAAUGUCAUUGUAUUAGAUCGACGAUAUUCAUUCUCCCCCGCCCCCCCCCCUCUCUCCCCCUCCGCCCCACGGGUGUCGCGGUAAUUAUUUAAAAAAAAUAAAAACGUCAAAAACACAGACACACAUACACACAGGAAUAAUAAUAAUGAUAAUGAUAAUGAAAAAAUAUGAAUAAUAAUGUUAAUACGACUAAGGAAAUCAACGUUGAAGAAAAAUGUGUGACAACAUGUGACAAAUAUUAUACGGUGUUUUCUAUCCUGUGACGAUUAUUUUGAUACCUCCGAGAAGAGUACCACGGUAGCUAACAUCAAUACGUCCUGUCGAGUUUCUAGAUUAAAUGCUGUUAUCGUUUAACAAGUUUAUCUUUUAUUUCGUCAACUUCGAGAACAAAUAAAAGUAAAUCAAUAAAUGAA